CAUAUAUUUGAUUGUGUGUGUGUGUGAAAAUGUUGGCAAUGGAAGAAUUACUGUGUGAACUGAGUGGAGAGAACAUAAACGAGCAAGGCUUGCCACCAGGGUUUAGGUUUCACCCAACUGACGAGGAGCUUCUAACAUUUUAUCUGGCUUCUAAGGUCUUUAAUGGCACUUUCUGUGGUGUCGAUAUUGCAGAGGUUGACCUCAACAGAUGUGAGCCAUGGGAUCUUCCAGAUGUUGCAAGGAUGGGAGAGAGAGAGUGGUACUUCUUCAGUUUGAGAGACAGGAAGUACCCAACCGGGUUGAGAACGAACCGGGCCACUGGAGCUGGGUACUGGAAAGCAACGGGCAAAGACAGAGAGGUUUACAGUGCAUCAAGUGGCGGUGGCGGUGCCUUGCUUGGGAUGAAGAAAACCCUAGUUUUCUACAAGGGCAGAGCCCCACGUGGCGAGAAGACCAAGUGGGUCAUGCACGAGUACCGCCUCGACGGUGACUUCUCCUUUCGCCACACGUGCAGGGAGGAAUGGGUGAUUUGCAGAAUAUAUCACAAGAUAGGGGAGAAGAAGAAUCCAAUUUUCCAUGGCCGUUCAUCGAGUUAUCUAAUGGAAGCUUCUUCAUCUACAACAGCCAAUUCCUGCUUGCCUCCAUUGUUAAUGAGCCCAACACCACUGCUGGAGUCUCACAACCCAUCAGCAUCAUCAUCAAUGCAGGCACUACAAAACCCUUUUGUGAUUCACCACCAAGAAAGUGACCUCAAAGCCCUAAUUAAUCAAGUUGUUGCCUCUCAAACCAACCUCUUCCCAAUGAAUGGUGUUGUGUCCUCCUUUUCACCCACUCCCACUGCUAUCACCACAACAGACAAUAAAGACACACACACCAACAACCCAUCACACACACAGUCCGUCCACUUCAAUUCCUUCCUCUCACAUCAAGAUUGCAGUCUGAAGGAACAAGCUAUUACUAUUCCCAAACAGUGCAACACUGCAGAUCAAUUUCAAUUAUCUGAUUCCAAUAGACAAAACCCCUUAUUUUUUGGUAUGGAUUGUGGUGGUAGUGUAAUGGGGUUGUUAGCAUCAGGAGGAGCUGGUGCUGCUAUGCCAGACACCACAACUGUUCAUCAUGAGAUGUCUACUUCUAUGGGCUUCAGAUGUUGGUAGAUCAACAACACAUCAUAGUCACUGGGGAGCCUUCAAAUCUUAUUCUAAUCUUAGAAUUAUAUCUACAAUAUACACUGCUCUAUAUACAUAUGCACUAUAUAUAUAUAUAUAUAUAUCCUCUCUUCAUAUGUAUGUAACCAUGUAGUAGUCAUAUUGGAGAUUUGCUGCAGCAGCUUAGGAGGACUUUUAUGUCUAACUAUUUCUGGGAAAGAUUAAUUGCCUUUGUGUAUUGUUCUUUUUGAGAAGAAUUUGCAUAUAUGGUGGUUUUA